CCUCUACCCUUUGUAAUAGGAAGUUUUUUUUUAUUUUUUCAAUAAUUUCGGGUGAUCCGUUGUUCUUAUAAAUUAUUUCAGCAAUAUUAUUAUCAUCAGAAUUCGAAACAACAAUUUACUAUGACGUGUUUUAUACUGGGCAAUUAUAAUUUUCUUCAAGUAUUAACUAUUUAUACAGUCGCUUCAAAUAUUUACGGUAAGCACUAUAAUAAUAUUGAACUUAAUUUAAAUAUUUUCGUUAAUAAGAUUAAUUUAAUAUUAAAUUAUUAACUAUAACAAAAAUUAAAAAAUACGUGUUCUCGUUGUACUAUAGUUUACUGGCAGCCGGUUUAUUAUACUUGUAAUUCAUAAUUAUUAUUAAUCUAUUCGUACCUAUUUAAUCCGAUAUUAAUUUUCAUUUUUUUUAUUAUUAUUUUAAAUAGAUUAUAUUGACUAUAUCAUACAGUAUAAUAAAUUAAUAAAAUAAACGCACCGCUCACCAUGAUUAAUUUGUUUCUAUGUGUAGAACAUAAAGAUUAAGAUGAGUGUAUCAUAUCUACGUGCAUUUACGUACAUAUCUGUCUUAUUAACGCACACAGUGACGGAUUUUCAACAUUUUUUUUGGGAGGUAUCCAAAAUUAUAAUAUGUAUUUAAAAGGUAUCUCUAAAGAUGCCUUAAGAUCUCUUAAAGAUGCCUCUUUUUUAUUGAAAUUAUAUCGGUAUCUGGGGAGGACCCGGACCCCCUGGACUCCCUCAUAAAUCCACCACUGAACACAACUCGGCAACAACUUCCUCAUGCAGACCUAGUAGAACUAAUUUUAGUUUUAGAAUAAAAGUACUUAUUAUAAGACUAAAAGAGGACAACAUUUCAGAGUGCACGAAAAUGCGGUUUUUUUUAGUUCAUUUUUUUAGAAAAUUACUGUAAUUUAAAAAUGUUUAAAUAAUCAUAGUUUCAAAUCGAUUUAACGGCCAUUUAUAAUUGGAAUAACGAAAAAAAAAUUGUCGUACACUUCACAAUAUUGUCCUCUUUAAGUUUUAUAAUAGAUGCUUUCACUCUAAAACUAAAGUUAACCAAAUCUACUCAGUUCGCAAAAUGAUGUUUUUGGCAUGUAUAAAAGUAAAUAACUUAGUUAAAUGUGUUUAAUAUGUAAAUAUUAUAGUUUUUAUUGAAAAUGUGCAUUCAGAGGGUUGGAAGUUGGAAGUUUGUAAGUUUAAACUUUCAACCUAUUUAUACUCGUAUGUAAGCAAAAAUCUCAAGAACUAUUUAACCUAUUUUAAUAAAACAGAUUACCUACGAACAAUUAGUAUUAAAUCGAGGUAUAUAAUUUGACUGGCUCUAAGAGAGUAGAUAAGCAAAAAAAAAAGGUCAUUACUAGUAAUUUUAGUAAUACCCCCCUACUAGAAAAAUUAAAACACUGCGAACAAUGCAUGUGGGUAUAAAAAUAAAGUUAGAAAGUUAUCGUUCUGUCCAAAGAAUUUGAAAUGAAAUGUAUAGUUGCUUACUAUAAGUGCAGUGUAAAUGAUGGGUCUAUAAUUUUAGUACUUCCAAAGUUGGUCUAUACUAUAGUUGCGCUAUUAACUUAAUAUUAGUCAGAAAUCAUAAUAGAUAAUUUAAAACAAAUACUAACUUGUUUUAAAUAUUGUAUUAAAACAAAUCCUAACAAAUUUGAUUAUAAUUGGCUACAAUUUAAGAUUUUAGUCAUUGGUUUAUUAAUGAAAUGCAUUUUGAAUUGCACGUUUUAAAUUAUUGUAUCGCGCAAUGGUCUGGUCACAAUCUAGUUAAUGUAAAAUUUUAAUAAAACUCUGGUAGUUAAAUCUAAUUUAUAUCAAUUAUUAUUCUAAAAAAAAACAUAAAAUAUUGUAGAAGCAAGUUAAAUGGGGGAAAAUUUGGUUCUAGACUCAAGUGACAGAGCUCUGCUACUCGUGUGUUUUUAAAAUUGUAAUUAUUUUCUGUCUGUAAAGUACUAUAUUACUACAGAAAUUUUGCUCCGAUCAUCAACUUUAGGGUUUAUUUCUAGUAUUUAGAUCAUUUUAAUUUCCAUUGUAAGUUUCUUUAUAAUGAAGAAAAUUCCUGUUAUUUUCGGUUUUGGUUUUUUGGUGUUAUUAAGUGAAAAAUAAUCGUUAAAACGUGUUAUUUUUAAACAAUUCUUAUAAGUGUAGACUAACUACAAAAAAAUUGUUCUAACCCCGAAAAUUUUUCUGAAUAACUGAAAAAAAAUAUGUCCAAAUUUUGGUAUUCUAUCUUAAUAUUAAAGGGGGCCACAGAGCACUUGGUUUUUUGAUAUUUUGUUAUUAACAUGACAUUUAAGAAAUUUUCGAUAACUUUUCAGAAUCCAUACAAUAAUACAUGGAUCCGAAUUAUAUAUCGGCUAAAUCAAUUUUUUUUUUCAACUGAAUAAUUUUCGUUUUCGAUGCAUAAGAUUUUUUGUUAGAGGUAUAAAAAAAAAUGCCGACAUAAAUUAGUCUAACAAUACAUAUUUUUUGUCGCGCAAAAAAUAUUUGAAAAUCCUUUAUAACAAUCGAUACGGUUUGGUUAUUUAAACGUUAAAUGACUAAAGAAAAAAAAAAUAGGAACUUUUUUAGAAAACUUUCCAAGCAAAAUCUGUUUUACUUAAUUACAUAGUUUACCUGUGUAAAAAUUUGCUACGUACCUAUAUGUUCGGUGCACUAUUGUAAUAACACAGUCUACGCGAUGUAUACGACUAAAAAGACAUAGAAUAGACGAUAUUUUGAUAUCCCCUGAAAUCCCCUUACCAUACGUUUAGACAAGAGGAAACGAAAUACAAUAACGUGCGGUAUUUCAAUCAUAGUGCUUGCCUACCUGCUUACCAACCUACCUUAAAAUAACACCGACUUCGUUUAAAAUAAUAAUACGAGUAUGUUAUACCGGAAAGUAUUAACAUAUUCAAUAUGAACGCGGUUCGACUGUCGAUAUUAUAAUAAUAAUAUUAUUAUUAUCAUAUUUCGUAAAAUAUUCGAUUUUGUUGUUAAUUCCGAAAAUACACCCGGACUAAACAUGUUAUUUUCACCGAUCGGCGUGCCUCCGUGUUGUGUUUGAUCAAACGCAACCGGCGCGGUAUCAAUAUAGUAUUUUUUAUUUUUUUACAAAUCUAUUUAAUAUUAUACAAUUAUCAUAUUAUUGUAAACGCGCGCGGCCGACGACGUGUCUGCGUGUGUGUAUAUUUAAUUUAACGUCAAAAAAAAAAAAAAAACCGACAAAGACGAUAAUAUUAAAUAUUAUAAUAUUAUAUUGUACCUUCACCCGAAUCGAUACCGGGAUGUAACGUAAUAAUAAUGGUACAGUCCUAAAUAUAUAAACCGGUCAAUAAAUCCGCAGAGUUUACGACCGCGCAGGCGCUAAAAACUGAACCGAAUCGACAUCAGCUUCGGAUUACCAUAAUGCGGCAACAAUAUCUUUUCUAUAAAGUUUUUUUUUUAUUUUGAUAAUUUCCCCCCCCCCUCAGAGGUUUCAAUUAUUACUUAUUUCGGUUUCAAUUAUUACUUAUUUCGGUUUCCGAUCAGCCCGCGUCUGUUGGCGUAGGAUUGUAAACCUACAAUUUUUUAUUUAUUUUUUUUUUUUCACUCAUACGAAGUGUGAUACAUUAUAUUAGUGUUACGACUUGAUGGAGAUUUCGGGUUUUAUACCAUAAUUCACGCGCGCGGACGUAUUACACUACAAUAUAUUAUUAUUAUUAAACGUUUUCAUUUCCGACAAUUAUUAUUCGGUUAGCGUGUAUUAUUUUGUACAAUACAAUAAGUCAAAUUGUGGGUGAUGUAUUACCAUUUUCUCUAUUGUUUCGGGCGACGCGUUUAAGAUUUAUUUGCCAAGUAGGUAUACCGUAUACCCAUUUUGGAGCAGCCAGGUGUUGUUUUCCGUCCGCGCGGAUGGGCGUUGAAUCCCGAGAACCGCGCACUGUAAACAAUAAUGUCGUAUAAUAUACCAUAUGAAAGACCGGUGACAAAUGACCAUAAUAAUACAAUCAUAUCAUAUGGUUACCACCAUGCGCCGGCCGUAUAUUUACAGAACGGCGUCGCUAUUGUCGUAUUACAGGUGCAUAUUAUUAUUAUUAUUAUUUUAUACACGUAUAUUCAUUCGAAACGGAAAAAUACCGUUCACGGCAUUCUUCAAAACGGAAUAUUGUUAUAAUAUUGAUUAACGAUAACUAUAUCGUAUUAUAAUACCCAUAUACCUAUACAUCAAGACGGAACAUUCAUCCGGAGGACUGGGGUGUAUGGUCGGUCCGAACGAAUCAUGAGGGAUACAUUUAAAUAUAUAGUCUGAGGUGUGAGUGAGAACAACUUUACAUUUCGAGGAUAGCCGAUAAAAACACACCGUUUAUCAUCUUAUAACAUAAUUGUGUAUUUGACACAAUCUAGUCUUCGGAAUGAAGCUUUAUCCACCGGAACGCGUUUUCAUGCUGAAUGUUCCGUCUAGACGUGUAAGUCUAUACUACAGAUCUCAUUGCCAUAACGAUCGGUCGUUGGAUUAUCGCCUCGUGGCAUAUCCCCCGUCCCAGCGAUAACACACAUUGAUUGUUUUAUCCGCGAUAUUAUUCUAAAAAUCAUUCAAAAUUCGUGUAACGCCGAUAUCGCAUGCAUAGGCGCCAAGUUUUCAAAAUUUUCUGCAACCCCUGAUCCCAUUCCCUCUACAUGACGCCCCCGAUUAGGAUGUACGGUUUAUAUAUGAUAAUGAUUCAACCUGACCGGAGUAAUGCUAAUAACUAAUAAGGGCUGGGGUUUCAACACUGAGGCACAUGUAUCAAUGAGAAUAAGACUUUUUUUUUUUAUUUAAUAGUCAUUAUUUUAAAAAUAAAUGUAUUAAAAAUAUUCUCGCAAUGGACCUAAGUAUAUAUUAUCAAUUGUGUGCUGUUUCAGUAUGGACAGUGGUCGCCAAUGACAGUACAUAUUUUCAAACCAGGCAAUUGAGUGGGCAACAAUACAGUCUGGACUAUAAUCUGCAAAAUGUUACAAACGUAGAGAAAAUCACUAACCGACAGAGACCACUGUUCGAGUAAGUUAUUUAUUUGUUAUAUUUAGUUUUCAUAAAUUUACGCGAUAAUAAUUAAUAUUGUUUCGUUUUUAUAUAUAAACAUAGUUGGACUAGUCCAGAUUUACCGGGCAAAGAAAAAGUCAAAGUCCCAGAGGAUAAUGAUAACAAAAAAUUGGAAAUCGUCGAAAGAGCCGAGAACAACGUUUGGUGGCCGUGGAAAAAUUACGAAGAUUGGUUGAACGGUAGAGGACUGCAGAAGCUGGAACAACCGGCGACAAAGAAAAGAGAAAAAAAAACCCGAAAAGAGAAAAAGAAAGGUAAUAAAAAACAAAACAGUAAAAAUGGGAAAAAAAGAAAAGAUCUAAAAACCGGUAAAAAACAUCGAAAACUUGGAAAUGAUCGGGACGUCCUCCAAUUAGUAUCGAUCAAUGAUACAAUAGAGAGCAACGAGAUCAUAAAAAAAGGAUCUAUACCCGAAAUACAAUAUAAUGCGUCGCCGAUCGAUAUCAUUUUAAGAAACAAUUCUUUGGUUCCAACCUUGGUGAAAUAUACAUCGAGAAAUUACACUUACGGUACGUUUUGAUUUUUAAAAUAGAUCAAUUUUAUUUUCUAAUAGUAGAUACAUAAUUUUAAACUCACACAUAAUUUAAAGGCCUUGGUGAAACAAUCAGAAAGAAACUUUUGGAAAAUAAUUUUUUUUAAUGGCAAAAUGUAGAAAAAAUAAAUCUCUUUAUUUUGAUGCAACAAUCGAAUAAAUCGAAUACAAUAUAAAUUUAUAAUAGUCUUACACCAUAUUUAUAACUCAGUGUACUUUAAAGAAUGUACCACAAGUAAAAUAGGUAAAUAAAGUUAUUUAAUUUAAUUAUUUUCUGUACUAAUUUAGUACUAAAUUUUGGUGCCAUGGAAAUUGGAAUGCUGGUACUGAAAAUCCAACAUCUCAUUGAAAAAUGGAUUCAAAAAUGUAUUUGAAAAAUUUACCCUUCGCCAACACUAACUCAACACUAAAUUUUGGUAUUUGAUGUCGUUGUUGUUACUGUGUUCAUUAUGUGUAAUUAGUGGACGAAAGAUAAGCCCUCUGUGUAACUUUUUUCUAGGUAGAGAGUUUAUUUUAUUUUAUUUAUUUAACGAGCGAGGCCUUUUUCUAUAUUACGUAUACAAAAAGAAAGUUUUAAAGAAAUUAAGUACAUGAGUAAUUAAGUAUAAAUAAAAAAUAAAUGGAAUAAAGAAACUUAAAUUAAAAAACAAGAGUCCACAUUAGCGUUCGACAUCAACUAUUGAUUUAAUAGCUCAUAAAUUGAUGCCACAUGAAUAAUUUAAAAUCAAAUUCUAUUUAAAACAUUUUUGAGCCAUUUAGAGCCCAAUAAAUAUUUAAAAAACGGUCAUACUUCGCACGUGGGUGCAGCCAUUUUUGUAAAUAGGAAGUUGGGAAAGUAGGCUACAGAAAGAAAUUUAAUGUAUAUAUCUGCAACCAACAAUAAACCAUUGCUAACGAAAAAACGAUUCUGAUCAGAAUUCAGGUGAUAAUGAUACUUCUUCAACAAUAUUUAUGUAAUAUUAUGGUAAAAUAAUUAAAUAGGCAUUAUAUAUUUUCUUUAAUAAUAUGUAUUUAAUAUUGUAUUGUUUUUCCCGUUUUCCUAUGUUUUUCCUGGUUUUUCCGUGUUUUUCCUCGGGUUUUCACAUUUGCUGAGAAAACUCUUAGGAAAAUCAAAAAGUUGCAUCUUUAUAGUACCUCUCUAGUCAGAUUUUAGAAAAAGUGCUAUCAUUGUAACUUGGAGCAAAAGUGCUAGUAUAAAAGUUAUCCAGAAAAGUCAUAAUAUUUUACUAAUGUAUUUCGUACAUUUUCCCUUUUUCCCUCAGUUUUAUUUUCAGUUUUCACAUUUGAUGACGAAACUCCUAAGAAAAUUGAAAAACGACCUCCCUUAAGUACUAUCCCAAGAGAAUUUACUUUCAGAAAAAGGUGUAUCUGGUAGAAAAAGUAUUCAUUUAAUAAAAAAAAAAAUCUAAUAUAUUAUGAUAUAUAUCAAUAAAUUUUGUGCUACACUUAGAAUCUAAAAUAUAAAAUAUUUCUAAGUUGAUCAUACGAGUCAACAAAUUAUGUGUAUAUUUUAUAAAAAAAAAGUUUUUAUAUCAACAAGUUAAUAUUUUUUUUCGAUUUCUUAUCUAAUCUUGUUGAUUGUUUACAAUAAAUCAAUAAUUAGUGUUAAACUUUUUAAUACAAAAUAUCGGUCUUUUGCCAACGAUAAACAUUUGUCUUUCGAUAAAUUUAAACGUUAGCAACAUUUUUAUUUUAACAAAUAAAAAAUGUUAUACUUUAUAUAUUUAUGACGACCAGUUAGCAUUUCAAACCAAAUAAAACGUUCUAUAUAGGUAAAAAAAAGAGCAAUUUUCAGGUUUUUCCAUGUAAAAAGGCUUAUAAAAAAAAUGUAUUAAAAAUAUCAACUUGGGAAUAUAAAAAACGUCUUUCUUAUAAAAAAAAAAUGUCAUACAAUUUGAUUACCCACAUAAUCAACACAGAAAAAUUUUACAUUUUUGAUGUUUAUGAGGCUCUAAUUGGCUCAAAGAUGUUUUAAAAUAAAAUUCGAUUUUAAAAUUAUUUAAGUGACACCAAAUUAUACGUUUUAUCAAGAAAUGCCGGUUUUUAAUUUUUUGGACCCCUGUGCAUCGGGCAGAAACCCCGCAAACCAAUUUGAGAUACCGUGUAAAAAAAUCGGAGAAUUUUUAUAUUAGUUGAAAAAGUGUUUUACAAAUAAAAAACACAUCACCUUGAUAAAAUUAAUAAGUUAUUCUUCGCUAUACACUCAACAUAAAAAAAAAAUCUACUAAAUUAUAACGCGUUUUUAAACAUUUUUACGGUUACCACGGCUACACACCAGUAAAAUAUUAAAAAUCUAUACAAUCGCAUAUUCGGCCCGAAUUAUUAUUACCUAUAGUGUUGUACUGCGGUACAAAUUAACAUUUCGUGACGGAGCCUGCGAUAAAUCGAAUGAGCGGUGUCACAAACACAACACAACAUGCAAUGAAAAUAUGAUAUUUGAUAAUACAACAACAACGAUAUGACAAUGUUAUUACCAUAUUGCGUAAUAAACUUCAGUAGUUAUACAAAUUAUGUGCCACGUGUUUCAUUGUGAUUCAGUUUGAUAUUAGUAUAGUGUUUUGUGCCAAUAUGUUAUCGCUACCUAAUUACAGACAUUUAAUAAUUCACUGCCGUCGUUGUGUACGAAGAUAUCUCUUUUGUAUGGUAGCAACUGCUUAUUUGAAAAUAUCGAACAAAAAAAUUAUCUUAUUUUCGAAAAAAUAUCUAAAAGCCAAAGCUGUAAACGAGUAUAUUCAAUAGUUAAGUAAAUAAGUUAUUUUGUUGAUAGCUUUGAACCUAACUAAUUAAAAAAAUAGCCCGGGUAGUCUUUCAAUAGAUGAUUUUAGCUUAACUUCUUUCGUUAAGAUUUGUUCGUGAAAAAUUAUGGGAAAAGGCCUAAGCAGAGAUAUGGGAUACUCACACGAACCUUAUAAUAUAAGACUGGCAAAUUUAAAAUAGUUAAACGACUUUUGUACUAUUUGACAUUAAGUUAUCCUAAACAAACAGCAAAUAAGCUAAUUUCUAAAUUGUCCUUUACUAUAUACACAUAAACUUACUUUGCGUUUCAAUAAUAUUUAGACUUUUAUAGACUUACUAUAUUACUAUACUCUAAUCAUCGUAUGUUGAUCCACUCACUCGACGAAAAUCCCUCGAAAAGACCCCCUCUGUAUGCACGGUCGCGGUGGCAGCCUGCUGCCUACUACGACAAACAACGACGAUCGUCAAACACCGCCAACCAAUCACGGACCACGGCGGAUCAGCAUAAAUGACCAACUUACGUUGAAUAGAGUAUAUUAUAUUAGUAAGUCUAUACAAAUCUAAAUAUUAUUAAAGCACAAAGUACGUUUAUGAAUGUAUAGUAAAGGAUAAUUCAGAAAUUAACUUUAACUAAGCUCAUUUACUUUUGUUUAAGAUAACUUAAAUUAAACUAGUAUAAAAAAAUCAUUUAACUUUCCUAAGUUUGCUAAAAAUGGUCUUAUCGAAUACGACCAAAAAACCGGGGUAAAAUGCAAAAUAAGAGUUUUACCUUUGCAACAGCAGUAAGUAUUCACUGCCCUAGAACACUCGGACAAAAACAAAACCAAUUGUAAUUAUAACGACUAAAUAAAGUUUCUCGGAAAAUAUGUUUUAAUUAAAUACUUUAUUUUUUCCAAAAACUCGUACCUUUCCGUUUUUACAACUGCGGAAAACGAAUAAAAUAUAACCUAAUGAGUAAAUAGAUAAUACAAUGUAAAAUAAUACAAAUUUCAAUUUUGAUUUACGAAUCUAUAACAUAAAUUCAACUGUACGCUUGAAAUGUAUUGCCAUCUAGUAUAAAAAAAAAAAUGAAUUUUGCAUCGGACAUUCCUAUUUUUGACACAUUUUUACGAAAGUGAAAAAAAUUAAUAGUGAUCCUAUAAAAAAAUAUAUAUAUUUAAUUUCUCGACUAGUAUAGGAGAUAAUAUUGAAGUAAAAAUAUUAAUUGUUCCUAUUAACUAUAACUACCUACUGAUCGAUGGUAAAAAAGGAGAUACACUUACGAAAGUUGGCCAAUCGCCGUCUCGCUUGACUCACCUCAGUAUAGCUAUUAUUUAUAGUGGUGUACUUAUUAUUAUAUCAGAUUUGAAAAAAAUAUUUUGUUACAUUAAAAAUAGCCACUAUAUAUACGAUUCUGAACGGAAUUUAAAUCUAAACGAUUUGCUCAUAAAAUAUAACUUCUCCUCUAUAGGGUGAUCAAUAUACGUAAGACAUUAUCUCUAUUAACUUUUUCGGAAUAUGUUUUUGAAAACAUUUAAGAAACAAACAGCUCUAAAAUUGUAUGUUACAAUAAUAUUUUGCCCUCUUUUUUUUUGGGAGUAAAACCACUGCCCAUUUUUAAUAUUCAAAUUGCAACCCAUAUUAAAAAUUGUAUAGAUAAGGUUUUAGUUUAAAUACAAAUUAAUUGGUAUUUAAAUUUUUAGUUUCCAUCAAGCUAGGCUUGUUAACCAAUUUUUUUGUUACUAGAUUAAAUUUAGUUAUCUCACCAAAAAAUAAAAAGAGCUAAGUUAAGUUUAAUUUAUUUUUAAAAUAUAAAUUAAUUUGAAUAACUAAUUUGGGUUACAUAUUUUCAGGAAAAUGAUAACUUAGUUUAGUUAAAUGUUAAAAGUUACUUUUAUUUUUUGUAAGUGUAAGAGUUUUUUAUAAGAGUUUAUUUUACUUGCAAUAGGUAUGAUAACUAUAAGGGAUGUUGACCAGUUGCCCUCAUUGAUAUUUAAAAAAUGUACCAGUAGCGCUCGACAUAAAAAAUGGAAUUUCUUAAUUGUGUAAACAUUACUCAAAGUGUGGCUAACUUCACCAGCCGACUCGAAUUCAAACUAAAUAAAUUCUGAUUAGUUAGCAAAAUCACGUCAGAUAGGUAACAAGGGAAAAAACGAGAUUUCUAUACUUUCAGACUACUUUUUUUUUUUACAAUGUUAUACCAUUUAAUAUCAUUGAAAAUAUUCUGUCUGUCUGUCGUUUCCCCAUGAAUUCGAUGUUUCGCAGCAAGUAUAGUAAGUCUCGUAGCCUUCUCAAAAGUUUUUUUCCGAUUCCACUCCAACACGUGGAUUUCAUUGCUCCGUCCGUUUAAUAAUCUUCCCUGUACAUAUACUUAAAUUUAUUACAAUAUAACGUCAUCGUAAUACUGUUUUACACCGCCUUACACAUUUACGAAUAGAUUACUUAUUUAACGUUUACACAAGAGGUUAGCAUAAUAUUAUAAUCGUAUUAAUAUUAUUAUGGUCAACGUAGUUGACUACCUACUCACUUACAUGUCAAUACAAUCUAUUAUCUUACAUUUAUUCAUAUUAUAUUAUAUUUUAAUUUUUUUAUACUUAGAUGUAAACGAAUGUUUAACGAACAACGGAGGUUGUGAAGGGCUUUGCAUCAACACGCCGGGAUCGUAUAGAUGUCAUUGUCCUCCGGGCUUUAUGGUGGCUGACACCAAAUGCGAAGGUAAACAAAAAAUAAAUAAAAAUACUUCGAUUACUUAUGUAGAUAAAUGACUUUUAUUUAAAACAACUUUGUAAACACUCCUAUAAAACAUAAUACUAGUAAAAUAUUACCAACCUGUCUACUUAAAUACAUUUAUGUAAAUUAUUGUAGCGUUAUAACUUAUAAUAUAUACCUACUCGAUUUUAUUUUUCUUUUUACGGAUUCGAUUCAAAUUCAGACAAGACAAAUACGAGAAACUUUCUACACGGUAAUAGUGUACAAUAUUAUGCGUUAUAUUAUCUUCAACGUUCAACUCUCGGAAUUCGGAAGAAUUGAUUUUUCGCAUAUUGUACCGAACACAAGUUCACGCGGUAGUCUUUGCAACGUGCGUCUUUCUCGUCAGAAAAUUAUAUUAAAAACGCCAAAAGCGAUAAUUCCGUUAUAAUCAAUUUCCGUUGUUAUCAAUUUCUGUGAUGUUUCUAUGCUAUAUUAUUUGGCGAAAACUGUGUGAUCGUGUCGCUAAAACCGCAAUUAUCAUUUCUACACGCUCCAGCUUUAAAUAAUGCUUAAAAUUCGUAAAACGCUAUUAUAACUUAUCGUUCAAAUUUCGAUUACUAUACAUCAAAAUGUUCAGAAAAACUAUGUGAAUGACUUUUAAAACAUGCAGAUUCUUAUUUCAAAAACCAAAGUUGAAUACUCCUUAAAUAUUAUAAAAAAUCUAAGUGUCUUUCACUAGAUACACUUAAAAACCCUAAAAUUCUGAAUUUGAAAUUGUGCAUAAUUUAACCAUAAAAAUGAGGUGAGCAUGCUAAAAAUAUUACCACAUAUAAUAUUAUAUAAACAUUAAUUUUAAGAAAUCUAAAGAAAUUCUAAGAGUUGUCACAACUACACAAACAUGAUAAUAUAAAUCAAAUAUCAAACAUAGCACUUAUAACCUCAAAAUUCAUUGUGACACAUAUUUUAUUUUUUCAAAUACGUAUACUAUGAUUGCAUUAUAAAAAAUGUAAAAAUGUAUCAAUGCAAAAUUGCCUCAUUAGAUAGAUAAAAAAAAAAAAAAACAAAACUUUUUAAAAAUUAUACAGCUUUAUUUUUCGAAAUUUAAGUGAAUUUUAUAACGUUUUAUAAUUUUCUCUCUAUGCAAUUACCCUAUAUACUUUUCACUUUAUUUUUUACUUUGAUACUUUUUUUUUAAAACACUUCAAUUAUAUUAGGCAAAUCAUUAAAAUGAAUAUAAUUUGUUUAUAUAUGUUUUUUUUUUCUACAACAAUAAAUACGUGUUAUAUAGUUUGAAAAAUGAAUAUAAAAACUGUCGCACAAUAAGGCUGAAGGCCUCGAGAUUGAAAUGUGUUUGCCAUACAUUUAAAAUGAAAAAAAAAAUCACAGCGUGUACGUGUAUAGGUACACUACGAGUAGAAAUCGCUUUUGCGAUCGGUCGACCUGUUAUUUUUUAUUUUUUUUUUCCGAGUCAAAUCAAUCCGAUCAAAUUAAUUUUAGCGAUAAUUGCCGAGUUCAUUAUAACCGUUACCCGGUCGGCAAUUAACGCAAGAAAAUAAAAAAAUAAUUAAUAAAUAUUUAUUUAAUAAUCGGUUACUCUAAUGGGUGACCUGACCCGCGGUUCCCCGGAUAAACUGACCGCACGGAGACUGACGCCUCACCGGCACGUUAUGGGCUCGUGUGUUCGUCCCACGCGAAACGCUCACGCACUCUUACUCGCACCGCACCCCUCACUUUUUACCAAUACAGUCUCUGGAACACACACGGGGCACUGAAAGAAUAAUAAUGAUUUUUUUUUGUAUUAUUAUUAUUAUUAUUAUUAUUCCCGGUACAGCUUCAAUAACUUAGAUUAGGUAUUAGCUUACAAGCAAUAUACAAGUAUUAAUGCUACAUGCGAGUGAAAUUAUAGUGUGCUAGAGAAAUAUAAUGAUUUUUUCACUGUUGUCUUCAUUUGGGCUGAGAACUUCGAAGAGUAUUAUUUUUUUUUUUUUUUAUAAAACAAGUAAUAAUAAUAGUUAUAUUAUUCUCGUGUAUACUAUGAGUGUCCAGCACGGCGGCGUUUCCCGUAAUCGAUUAAACGCGCCAUAAACAAUACAACUUGUUUUAUUUUUUCAUUCCUGUUAUCGCGAUAACCUAGAAAUAAUAUAUUGAACAAAAUGCACUUUACAAGUGUAACAAGACCAAAAAUACCGAUAGCCAAUAAUAACCGAUAGUUAAUAGACCAACAAUCAAUUAGUGUUGACUAACCCUUUGAGAGUUGAAUUCCCCCCGAAAAUCCCGGCUUAUUGUAAAUACACGCAAUAGGUGUCCGUAGAACCACCGUGAAAAGUUUCAGCUCCGUUGUUCUUGAGAUAUUACAAUGAUCGUGGGUUUUUUUUUAUCGUGUCCUCUUCUCAGCAUUUCUCCAGAAAUCGGUGACCUUUUAUCGUUGUCGUCGGCUUCCCAUAAAUCGUCCGUCGAGCAUUUUAUUAGACACAGUGGGUAGUCAUUGUGUAUCAUCUACUUCAAUUUUGCACGCGUGAUUUAUUAUUAUUUUUUCCAUAUUCUGUGGGUAGUUAAUUUCUUCAUAUUGGUUUGGCAUCGAAAACGUAUUAUUUAUGUCAAAGAAAUAUUAUUAGAAAUUAGACAGGGAAAAUUAUUUCACUUUUGUAUAAUAUAUUGUAACCUGUAGGGUUGUAGAUAACGACAAGAAAAAUUAUUUUUCGGUUAGGUUUAUUAUUAUUAAUUAUUAUUUAUUAUACACGCGAUUUUCUAUUUUUUACAUUUUCCAUUAUCCACCAGUGGUGUUUUUUUUUUUUUUAGUAAAAUUUUAAAGUAGAUAGUUAUAUUUUAAAAUUUGUAUUGCAGAUUUCAUUACGAUUUUAUUUUGAUUUCUCGACACUAUACAAUUAUAGGUCUUUAACAAUCCACGUGAAGAUGUGGACAAUGACCACUACAUGACAAUACAUAAUUAGAAAAAUGAGCUCAUAGCCGAACUAUCGACGAAAUGCCGAAAACUAAAAAAUUUAAAAAUAUAUUCCAAUAACAUUUUUUUAAUCCGUCAGAUUUAAGCUAAACGUUAUUAAACAUAGCUCGUUCAAAACUGUUCCAUAAAGCUUAAUACGUUCUAAAAAACAAAAAUAUUAAAAUGUCCCGGUCCUAUCAGUAGUUCAGUCAUGUUCUUGAAAAACGAUCUAAAUAUUCUGUGUCAAUAUUGUUUGUUUUUUUUAUAUUUUUGUCCGGUGUCCACAGAUAUUGACGAGUGUCUAUUGCGCAAUGGGCACGGACCGUGCCAGGGAUCGUGCACCAACACUUGGGGCGGAUACAAGUGUUCGUGCUAUGGUCUGACUGGAACCAAGCUGUCCGGGGAUGGACACACUUGCGACGACAUAGACGAGUGUGGCGACGGGACGGCCGGAUGUUCACACCAAUGCAUAAACACGGUGGGCUCAGCGUUCUGCGUGUGCCCGGACGGAUUGCAACUGGACGGCGACUGGAAAACGUGCGUGGACGUGGACGAAUGUUCGGACCCGGAGCUGCAGCGGUCCGAGGACCGGUGCGCGGACCGCGACAUGUCGUGCCGGAACACGUACGGGUCGUACGAAUGCGUGUGACGUUCUAUGACGAACGCAGCCGUUCGAUCGACGGGCACCGAGUGAAUAAAAAAUAUAGUUUUCGCACCACACUAUUCCAAACAGAAACAUACGACAAGAGUAAUAAUCCAAAACUAAUACGUUUGUUCACAUGAACUCCGAAAAUUACUUGACUUUUAACUGUUAUGAUGUACUUAUCAUUCUUCGGGUAUUUAGAAUUCGAUAAUAUAAUAUAAAGGAGUUCGUACCAGAGCUUUUAGCUUUAACUGCUAAAAAUAAAAAAUAAAAUAAAUCCUUCUUCCCUGGUACCAAAAAUGUAUGGAUUUUUAAGACAAUAUCAAUAUUAUUUUUUUCUGUAAAAGCCGAAAAUUCCCAAACAUAUCGUCAUUCGGUGCCUCGAUUAUCGAACGUCUACCACAUUAUCACGUCCAUCAAUUUUUUUGGUUAAUAACAAUAUUAUGCCCACACAAAUCUAACCAUUAUAUAAUAUUAUGUGUUUGCAAUUGUGCGCACUCACAUUAAUUGACUAAAAUUUUUUUUUAACCAUUAAUCGACUAGUCAUGAACGCUGUUAUUAUUAUUAAUUUAGUAUUAUUGACUAAUUUGUUUUUAUAUAUAUAUAUUAUAUACAUUAGAAUAGCUAAAUGCAGAAACAUCACAAGUUAAAUUUUUUUUAAUUUUUCAAGAAAGACGAAAAUACUUUAUAUAAAUAUAUCUAAAAAAAAAUGAAUGUUCAUAACAUGGUAUAGUGUUAUUUUAUGUAAUAUUUACAAGUUUCUACAAUACUGUAU